AUGUGGACUCUCCACGAUAGCUGUAGUACGCUCAUCUUUGGUAACAUUCAUUUUUUGGUUCAAAACCCCACCACUCACGUGAGUAACAUCCAGAACCAGAUUCACCUCAUGGGCAUGAAUGAUGAAUUGAAAGCCCAAGAACACAAAGCCCAACAUGACUUGGAAGAUGCUUUGGCUAAAGAAGAGAUUUUCUGGAUGGAGAAAGCUAGACUUAGAUGGAAUAAGCAUGGCGAUAGAAACACUUCCUACUUCCACAGAGUCACCAAAAUCAAGUGUAGAAAAAAAAUCACUAGAUUGAGAAAUGGUACAAUGCAAGCUUCAGAUCUGUUAGACAUCAUUCCAAAUAUGGUUCCUGAACCCAUGAAUUCUAUUCUUACUUAUGUCCUUUCCAUUGAGGAGAUUACUAAUGUGGUGUUUGGCCUUAGAAAGGAGAGUGCCCCAGGGAUUAUUGGAUGCCAAACAACUACAAUGCCAAUAUUAUUAUUCUGA